AUGAUCACAGUACUGAAAUCCUGUAUCAUGGCUGAAGGUGACACUAACCCCAUGAGGGAUGAUGCCUUAGCAGAAAUGCAAAUAGAUGAAGUGCGCGCUCCUCUUGGCCCGGACAAUUGUGGACCUUUUUGGCGUUGGGAAAUCUCUGAAGAGCAGCUUGUCGAGUGUGUGAAGGACAAGAUUCCCCUUGUUUUAAGGUCUUAUGUUGAUCCCGAGAAGAAGGGCAAGAUUCAGCUUCAUACUAUCUUAAACCCACAGGAUCAAGUCUACUGUCUGAAUGUCCGUGAUAGACGUGCUGCAGCUGCUCAACAAGAAGCAGAGGUUUCCAAAUCUCUCCACCACUUGAACCUUCCGUGUGGUCACAAAGAAUUCUUUGCCUUGCUUCUUCUGACAUAG